AUGAUAACAAGGGGGCGGACUCCCAUAUAUCUGGGGCGUGGACUACACACAUGCUACGCCAUCUUCAUCAAGAAGCAUAAGCUCCCUCCCAGACCGAAACUUAGCAUUGGGAUAGAGUCCGAUCUGGAGGAGAAGUUUUUACAUGGCGGCCGAGGACCCGGUGGCCAAAAGAUUAACAAAUGUAACAGUAAAGUUCAACUGAAACAUAAACCAAGUGGAAUUGUAGUGGAAUGCCAGGAAACUCGAUCCCGAGAUCAAAAUCGUAAAAUUGCCCGGGAGAAGCUGGCCUUGCAGAUAGCGAGGUGGGAAAAUGGUUGGAAGAUGCUUGCACGAGAAAGGGCGCUGCAUGAAUGGGAAAUACAAGGAAAGCGCAGCAAAGAGCGCAAGAGCCACGAUAAGCAUGAAAAACAUAGAGAGGAGAGAAAAAUAGAGCGCCUCAGGGCUUUGGAGGAAGAGGAGAAGCUUCUGCAAGGUAUUCUGAAGUAG